CUGGUGGACAAGUGAACUAAUCAGAAGGUUGGAUUAUUUUACAAGCAAUCAAAUCAAAGCUAUGAAUUGUAGGGUCAUGAUUCACUUAUUCCAUACACACCAUCUUAUGAUCAUAACAAACAACAAUUUAAAGGAUAAACAGAGAAGUAGAGCUGGCUAUAUCUCCAAGGAGAACUAAUGGAUAAAUGUAGAACACCCUGAUGGCAUACAGAACCCAAUGCAUCGCUAACGCAGCUGAUUAUGGAGGUGGGCCUCCAGGUCCACCUGGGCCUCCAGGACCACCAAAGCAAUCCUGUAGCAACCAGCAACAGCACAAGAAGUUCAGGCAUGAAGAAAUAGCAUCGCAGAAACCGCCAAAGAAACCACCCGGGCCAGGGCCACCGGGGCCAGGACCCCACCCUCCAGGCCCUCCAGGUCCUCCAGGUCCUCCAGGCCCUCCAGGUCCCAUUACUAGCCUCUCUACACCCACAAACCUACGCCAGCGCCGGACUGUGAUAUAAGCUCACAACCUCUGUUGGAAGCUCUGUGGUCGGAUGGCAGUGAGGGAAAGGUUC